AUGGAGCUUGUGGAUCCUGUGAUUCCUUCCACAGAUCGUGAAGUGCAGGAGGGACUGCGGAUGCUUGAGGCGCCUAUUUUUAUUUUUGCCGAAACUGCCGCUGAACGUCGACGCCGCCUGCAUAAACUUAUGAUUGAAGGAGGGUUCAGCAGUGUGGAGACUAUUCGAGAACGAUAUUAUCCUACUUUGUCAUCUUCCUCCUCUGCAGCAACCCUUCAGCAGUAUGGACAAAAGCCAAAUCAUUUUUACCAACAAGAUGGAAAUUAUCAGAAAUCUGUUUCUCAGACUAUUCCUGUACAAACGAAAGCCAAAUAUACACAAGCCUCACCAGAGUUAGUGGCAAAACGUACAGCUUUACUUCCUUUGACAUUAGCACGUGCAGAACGUCGUAUAGCGAAACUUAAAGAAGCUUUUGUGGCUUCUCCUGCAGUUAUUCGUCCUGCUUAUCAGGCGGCAUUAGAGCAAUUACGGUCUAUGAAACUUGUAAAAUCUGUUCGUAAUGUUAAGAUAGAAAAUGGAAAUAAUGGUGCUAAUCGUGGUAAUGAUGCUUCUGUGGUAGGAACACUUUGUAUGCCUUUUACGUGUUGUGCUGCAGUCCCUACAUUACCACGUAUGGUUCUCACAGGAGCUGCAGAUGGUGUAGUGACACUAUGGGAUAUUGAUGCGUGUUUACCGCAUGCGAGUGUAUCCACUUGUGAUAAUGGUUGGGGUCGUGUGCAGCAUCUUGCAGCGCAUCCAACGUCAUCAUUGUUUUUCUCUACUACAAUGUUUGAUACCCGAAUUGCAACUUGGUGUAUGCAUGAGGAAGUAUUAAAUGGUAGUGGUGCUAAUAAUAAUAAUGAUAAUGGUAAUGGUGAUGGUGAUAGUAUCAACAAUAAGGGUAAUAAUAAAACACGUGGGAAAUUUUCACUGGAACGUGUGGGUUUGAGUGAUUCCCAUCACACAGCCCGUAUUCAACGACUUGCAGUAGACCCUACCGGUUCUCUUCUUGCCUCUACGAGUGAUGAUUCCACUCUUCGUUUAUGGGAUAUUACCACCUCUACCUGUAUGUUUACUUCAACCAGUAAUACAGAUACAGAGAUGAUCCCAUUACGCUAUCUACACACACAAGAUGCCCACGCCACAGCGGGAGGGACAUUAGAUGUCUCAUUCCAUCCUGACGGUUCACUUCUAGCCGCCACCGAUCGUGCUGGUCGAGUGGUGGUGUGGGAUGUGCGUUGCGGUGCGGCGGUGCACAUUGCCGCUGGUGCGCAUGGAGGACAUCUUAACCGCUCCACGUGUGUGGCGUGGUCCCCGUGCGGCGUGCGCUUUGCCUCUGGUGGUGCUGAUAAUGUUGUGCAUGUGUGGGAUGUGCGUGUUGGGGCGACAUCGCCGUGGGUGCUGGCGGGCCACACAGAUGUGAUCACAUCGCUGCAGUUCUGCGGAGAGAUUGCCGGUGGUGUGUUGCCGGCGGGUUUGUCGAGUACUGCCCUUGACGGGACGGUGCGAUUGUGGGAUGUUGACAAGGGCGGGGCGUGUGCGGCGGUGCUGCGGGGAGCGGCGGCGGUGCGAUCGCAGUGUUGGCCGGCCGCCGGGGCCCCGGUGCUGUUCACAGUUGCCCACAGUAAGUACUGGUCUCUGUGGGGAAUACGUGAUGUGAACAGUGAGGUGGUGCUGCACGAGACCACAGAUAUCAUACAAACAGGCAUGGCGGUCACACUUCAGCAGAAGGAUGGAAUAGUUGGGGCGGGGAAUGAAGAGGAGGAAGAUGAUGAGGGUGAGGAUGAAGAAGAAGAGGACGAUGAUGAUGAUGAAAUGAUGGCGUUGCGUAAGAGAAAGGUGGAAGUGGCACAAGAGAGUUCUGAUGGUGUAUCAGCAAGUAAAAAUGAUGCCAGAUCCAACAAGGUUGAAAUUGAGAAUGAAGAGGAAGAUGAGGAUGAUGAUGAGGAGGAUGAAAUGUCUUUUUUGAAGAAAAGGUGA